AGGCGUGGGGAGCCAGUACGUUCGGUGCCUCUGUCUUCCCGUCCGUCCUGUUUUCGUCCUUUAUUGGUCACAGGGACGCUAUGUGUUUGGCUGAUUGUCUACACAAGGUUGUGGUAGUGUAACGAAGGAAUCAUGUAAGAAUUCGGCCCUUGAGACUUUGCACAUAGGCCUAAACGCAAUUUUGCUGUAGUGCACUUUAUUGGCACUAGGCUUAUGGCUUAUCGGGGAGGUUAACGUAGGUGGUGAGCACCUAUUAUAGUGACAGUUCCUUUUGCUCAUUACUGAGAAGGGAAUAAUGAUUACCGAGUGAUGGAGCAUCAAGGAAGGGGUUGUUGGAGCACCGUGCCUGGACUUAUCAACCGUCAUUGAUUGUGUGUGUGUGUGUGUGAGAGAGAGGGAGAGCUUGGUUGGCCUUGAUCAAUACCUUGCCAUCACUGAAGCUCUUCCUGAGGCUCCUGACAAGGGCACCAGGCCCCUGAAGUGCAAACACUUCUCCUUCUUCACUAGAACCAAUAACAUAUCUAUCCGCACGCAUCACUGAAGACUUCGCCCAUGGUUUGGAUGACCUUGCUCCAUUAUGUCCAAGGCCAUUAACUCCUACAGAAUUAAGAAAAUUGAAAGCAUUGGCAGGAUGACUGCACUCACCCAAGAGGAAGUGGCCUCCCACACGAGGACAGUGGUGCAAGGGUUAGAGGCUCUUCGCAAUGAGCACAAUUCCAUCCUUUCUGGCAUCAGUUCAACUCUUUCAUCUACCCAUCACCCUCCAGAUUCAAAUGUCAUCUCUGAGAAAGCUGGGAUAUUACAGCGAUCUUUAGACCAGAUUGAACUAGGGCUUUCAGAAGCCCAGAUCAUGCUGGCACUGGCAUCACAUCUUCAAACAGUGGAAGCAGAGAAACAGAAACUUCGAGCUCAGGUUCGAAGACUAUGUCAGGAAAAUGCUUGGCUUCGAGAUGAAUUGGCUUCCACUCAGCAGAAGCUGCAGGCAUCAGAGCAACAUGUAGCCCAACUGGAGGAGGAUAAGAAGCAUUUGGAAUUUAUGUCAACUAUCAAGAAAUAUGAUGCUGAUGUGCAGGUCACUAUUGACACUGAGUCAUCAAUGGAAGAGAAGAAAGACAAGAGUGAUGACCCAGUGGUGGACCUAUUUCCUGAUGAUGAUGCUGAUGAUCGUGCAGGUUUAAAGAGAAGCGGGGAUUUUGGUUCACAAGCAUCACUAGCAGCCAUGUCCCCAACUCCCCCAUCCCAGUUCGCCCAGCAGGUAAAUGCUGGUUAUGAGAUCCCCGCUCGCUUACGUACCCUGCACAACCUAGUGAUCCAGUAUGCUUCUCAGGGCAGGUAUGAAGUUGCUGUACCUCUUUGUAAACAAGCUCUGGAGGACCUGGAGAAAACAUCAGGCCAUGACCACCCAGAUGUAGCAACUAUGCUCAAUAUUCUUGCUUUGGUUUACAGAGAUCAGAACAAAUAUAAAGAGGCAGCCAAUCUCCUAAAUGAUGCCUUAGCCAUUCGAGAGAAAACUUUAGGAGAAAAUCAUCCUGCUGUUGCUGCAACCCUGAAUAACUUGGCGGUAUUGUAUGGAAAAAGAGGAAAAUACAAGGAAGCAGAACCACUCUGCAAACGAGCACUGGAAAUUCGAGAGAAAGUUCUCGGUCGGGACCAUCCAGAUGUAGCAAAGCAACUCAACAAUCUGGCAUUACUCUGUCAGAACCAGAUCUCCCAGGAGGAGCGUAGAGGGGUGCCUAAGGAGGAGCUUCUCGGGAAGUAUGAAGAAGUUGAACGAUACUACCAACGCGCCUUAGAGAUUUAUGAAACUAAGCUUGGCCCUGAUGACCCCAACGUUGCCAAGACAAAGAACAAUUUAGCCUCUGCAUAUCUUAAACAGGGAAAAUAUAAGGAAGCUGAAAUUUUGUAUAAACAAGUUCUAACCAGAGCACAUGAACGAGAGUUUGGAGCUAUUGAUGGUGAUAACAAGCCCAUUUGGCAAGUGGCAGAAGAAAGAGAAGAAAAUAAGAAUAAAGUUAAAGAUUCAGCCCCAUAUGGAGAGUAUGGAGGCUGGCACAAAGCCGCCAAAGUUGACUCUCCUACUGUUACGACUACUCUUAAGAACCUUGGGGCCCUCUACCGGCGUCAAGGCAAAUAUGAGGCUGCUGAGACCCUGGAGGAUUGCGCCAUUCGGUCCCGUAAGGAGGCUGUGAAUCUGGUCAAGGACGGGAUGACCCCAGAGGGCAAUCGGCGCCUUUCAGCAUCAAGGGACAGGCUCCGCAGAGGGUCCCGGGAAUCCCUCAACUCAACUGAUUUUGAUGCUGCCGAGGAUUAUGAGUUUGGUCGUCUUCGGAGGUCCACCUCUUUCCACAAGUUGCGAACAUCCAUUGUCAAGUCAAGUACCAAGCUAGUACACAAACUACGAGGAAAAGAAGAGGGCAAAGAGGACUAUGAUGCAAGACUGAAACGGGCAAGUUCUCUGUCCGUUCUUAGUGGACAAGAAGAAAAUAGAGAGGUCCCUCUUGCUCUGCGUGGUCGAGCUGUCAGCUCAGAGCACAUAUCUUGACCAGCUGUUUCUGCUUCACCCUGACCAAUCAGUCUCUCGCCUCUUCACUACUGCUGAUUGCAAAGCUGACCUUAUAAUACCCAUUUUGUAGAAUUUUCUCUUACAAGUGUAAUGAUUCAGGUGUUAAUGUAGGUGUUUACAUCUUUCAAGUAUAUAAGUAUACAAUCUUGAAAAAGCCAUUAAUGUUGUAAUUGAUGCAUAUAUAUAUAUUGAAUUUUAUAUUUACUGUGUGUGUGUAUAUAUAGAUAUAUAUAUAUAGAUAUAUAUAUAUAUAUAUAUAUAUAUAUAUAUAUAUAUAUAUAUAUAUAUAUAUAUAUAUAUAUAUACACACACACACACACACACAUAUACAUAUAUAUAUUGGCAAUAGAGGAAAAUAUGGCACAAGAUCGACAGAUGUGGAGGAGAGUCAUCGCCCGUCUGACCCCACUUUGAAUGGAAAAAUAUGGACGUUAAGCGACAAUGAUGAUGAUGAUGAUGAUAUAUAUAUAUAUAUAUAUAUAUAUAUAUAUAUAUAUAUAUAUAUAUAUAUAUAUAUAUAUAUAUAUAUAUAUAUAUAUAUAUAUAUAUAUAUAGUGGUGGGCACUGCUAACCGAAAAGUUAGCUUCGCUAAUGCUAAACUGCUAAGCUGAUAAAGAAAUUAGCGGAUGCUAACUCUAACUGCUAACUGUUAACUUUUUUUUAAAUGGAUUUAGCUUUGGUUUAGUAUUUUGGCUCUAAAACCCCAUCUGUCCGUUAAUGAUGGUCUCCUUGGGUUGGCACAUGACGCACCAGAAGUGUAUUACAUUGACAUUCGUCAUAUCUCUUGAUUUAAGGACAUAGUACUUCUCCAGGUGGGGCCACAGGUUCUGGAACUUCUGGGACUCCUGGCCAUCAGCUUGAGUGUCCUCCACCUCACCCACAGCUGCUGCCAUUUCCCUAACAGGGUCAGCAUCCUCAGGCAGAACAAAAACGUUCUCACUCUGGUCACCUUCCAUGACGUCGAUAACGAUAAACAAGGUGGCAAUAAUGAACGCGACUACACGGUGACAACGUCACAGCUGAGCUGAACAAAGAACCCAACAGGCAACAACAAGAAGAGAAAGAAGCCUCCAGUUUAUCCUAAAUCCGUAUAUUUUACCCAAGAAUUCCCGCAAAUUUACGCACUUCUAACAUUUUCCCAUAACUCACACUUAUUUUUAUUAUUUUAAGUUUGCUUCUUGUCAGGCGGAAAACAUCGAAAUCUUGUUAUUAAAUCCCGAGUUCAAAGAGUUGGUAAUGGAAGAUGCAUUACCCUAAAAUACCAAAAAGUUUCCCUAAUAAUUGUCCAGUUACCCUACUUUAAGGCAUAAUUUGCCCAAAAGUGGAAGCCCUGGAAUUAUUGCACCAUGUGGCUCAACUGGUGCUGUGCCUGCCCACAAUGGACAAGACCAAACCUGUAUGAAUUUUUUAGUGGACUCGACUUAGCGGAGGAGGAACUACACUUAGCGGAAGCUAAUUGGUCCGCUAACUAUUUCCAAAGUUAGUGAAAACGCUAAUCAGCUAACGAAAAUGUUAGCUUUGCUAAUUAGCGGUUAGCGGAUUAGUGAAACCGUGCCCACCAUUGUGUAUAUAUAUAUAUAUAUAUAUAUAUAUAUAUAUAUAUAUAUAUAUAUAUAUAUAUAUAUAUAUCUAUAUAUAUAUAUAUAUACUGUAUAUGGUCAAUUGAUGCAACUUCAUAUUUAUUCUAAAAGCAUAAUUUGCAAAAAGUACUUUACACAGUUGAAAGCUUAGAUUAAAACUGUCCCAAAACAUUCUAAAACUUCAACCAGAUAGCAAUGACAAUAACAUUUAGUUGUUUGGGAUGUGUAACCAUCUCAUUAUAUUAAAAGAGUAUGAUAAAGAAAAAUCUGAAACAAUUAACAAUGCUGAAUAUGUAGCAAAAUUAUUGUACUCUUUGGAUUUUUGUGGGAAAUUAUAUGAACAGGCUUUGCAAGAAUACACACUGAUUCUAUGUACAAUAAAUAAUUGUAGAAGUCAAGAUGAAAUAAUUUCCAAUCAUUUUCUGUUCUUAAAAGAAAAAUUAUCAGCCUAGAGCAUGGCUUUAAUAUAGAUAAAACAAUUCGGCACUGGUGGUAUGAAAGUCAGGCUUGACAUUGUGUGUGUGUGUGUGUGUGUGUGUGUAUAUAUAUAUAUAUAUAUAUAUAUAUAUAUAUAUAUAUAUAUAUAUAUAUAUAUAUAUAUAUAUAUAGAUAUAUAGAUAUAUAUAUAUAAUCACAUUGUGUGUGUGUGUGUGUUCGUCCAUGCAUCUGUGGGUGUGGGUGGGUGUGAGUGUGGGUGUGUCCUUGAGAAAUAUAAAGGUUAUGAUACAAAAAUGUUUACUUUAACAUUAUGAUUUUUAGAUAUUAAAUGCUCAUAUUGGGCAAGGUUGAUCUCAAAAACUAGUUAUAAUAUCACAUGCUACUGGUAAAAGGUAUGAAAAUAUCCUGGCUAACACUAGUUAUAGAUAACCCAACAUUGCUAUAUUGUUUUCAUGUUAUUGUGUUUGGCUUGUGGAAUUAAGUCCCUUUGCUGUUUAAAAAAAAAAAAAGUGAAGCUGCAAAGGAAAGGUCUAUAAUAAUAUUAGAAAAAUGUAUAAUAAUAGCAACUAUAAUAAUGAUAAUGAUGAUGACAGAAAUAACAAUAAUAAUGAUAAAGCAGAAACAGUCUGUUUAUCCAGAGAGGAGUGAACUUGUGGCUGUUCAGAUAAUCUAUUUCUUUGGCUAUUGGAUGUCACCCAAGUCACUGUAUAUGUGUACAUACGCAUUGAGUAAUAUCAAAGGUUAAUAUGGGUAGUUUGUUUACUUACCUGAAUUGCAAAGAUCUGAAUAUAAAUGCUGAAACUACUGCAUUGAUCAAUUAUUUGUUAUAAUCCCACCCUUUACCUGCUUUAGUUGUUUUAAUUUAUCACAUAAUGAUAUCACAUGAUAUGAUUUCUUUACUUUAUAUAUAUAUAUAUAUAUAUAUAUAUAUAUAUAUAUAUAUAUAUAUAUAUAUAUAUAUAUAUAUAUAUAUAUAUAUAUAUAUAUAUAUAUAUAUAUAUAUAUAUAUAUAUAUAUAUAUAUAUAUAUAUAUAUAUAUAUAUAUAUAUAUAUAUAUAUAUAUAUAUAUAUAUAUAUAUAUAUAUAUAAUAUGAGCACAGUUAAGAAAAUGAUUACUUUGAAAAGGCAAGUUUGCUUAUCAUCAUCAGCAUCUUCAGCUUUUACUAGCUAUAUGUAGGACAAAGGCCUUUACCAGCAUUCUCUACCUCUCUCUGUCUGAUGUUAGUGUACUUGAUACUGCUCUAGCAAAUGCCCUGCUUUCAUCUCGCCCUGGUCAUCCAUAUACCCUGUCUUCAAAAAUUCCUGUGUUGCCACUUUGUUACUUUGGUUUUCCAUCCUUUAUCAGUUCUAAGUAUGAUAAUUAUUACCUGCCUAAAACUAUUUCUUGUUCUUAAUUGUCAUUAAAAUCCAUUCAACCUUUGUUCUCUAAUCCAUAUUGCUUGCUUCCUGUAUCCCCAUGUUCUUUCAAGCAUUUUCCUUUCCACACUCUUUGUGCAUUUCUUAGCUUUCUCUUUGAGUAUUUUGUGAGGCACAAAGUUUGUGAAUUAUAUGUUGGUACUGGAAAGAUACAAUGAUUGCACACCUUUCUCUCCAGACAAAGUGGCAGGUUGAUAUUCAUGAUGUUAUUGUCAAUCAAAAUUUCUCCAUCUUAUUUCUAUUCUCUCUGCUUUAUCACAGGCUUUUUUUCCUCAAAAUUUUUGUUUUUGAUCAUUACCUAUGUAUUGCUCUGUCAACUUAUCGUUUAAUGCUACUUUAAUUUUCUUCCUAUUCAUUUUCAGACCUACUUUUAUAAUAUGAAGUUUCUCAAGCAUUCUUUCUAAGCUUUUCUCAGAAUCACUUGGUAAAACUAUGUCAAUUGUGAAUCUAAAGUUGUUAAUAUAUUCACCAUCUAUCUUGACUCCCAUGGUAUCCCACUCUAAUUUCUUAAUUAUUUAUCUGUCUUGAUUCCUAUGUUAUCCCACUCUAAUUUCUUAAUUAUUUCUUCUAUCAAGCCAUGAAGGGUUGGAGAGAUUGUCAGCUUCCCUAAUGCCUUUCUUAAUUUAAAUUUUCUUGCUUGCAGAGUUUAAUGGUUGCCAUGUUGUCUCUAGAUACCUUCCAGCACCCUUAUGUAUGAUUUAAAUACUCUUCCUUCUGAUUUCCUGAUGACUCCUGAAGUUUUAACUGAGUCAUAUACUUCCUCAUGAUGUAUGAAAGCCAUGCAUAGUGCUUUAUUGUACUUGGCUAUUUUUCAGUAGGUUGAUGUCAGUGCAGUCAGUUAUUGAGUAUCCACUAUGAAAUUCAGCUUGAUUCAGUAGUUGCUUUUAAUGUAGUGUUGCAUUUAUUCUGUUUGUUAUGGUCUUAGUGAAAAGUUUCUUGGUUACAGGGAGAAGACUAGUUGGUCAGUAUUAGUCUUUUGUGUUACCUUCUGGGGAAUAUAUAUAUAUAUAUAUAUAUAUAUAUAUAUAUAUAUAUAUAUAUAUAUAUAUAUAUAUAUAUAUAUAUAUAUAUAUAUAUAUAUAUAUAUAUAUAUAUAUAUAUAUAUAUAUAUAUAUAUAUAUAUAUAUAUAUAUAUAUAUAUAUAUAUAUAUAUAUAUAUAUAUAUAUAUAUAUAUAUAUAUAUGAGAGGGAUUUUUCCAGGCUCUAGGAAUUCGGUGUGUGUAUAUAUUUGAGUUAGUAUAUUAAGUAUAAAAUCGCCUAUAUCAUCGAUUAGAACUAUAGUUGGGGCAUCUCCUUUACCCCUACUCAUUCCUUUCAAAGCAUUCUUUACCUCAUCCACAGUUACAAUAUGAACUUUCAGCUCACCUGAUUCAUUAGCUCUGCUCUAACCAGCACUAAAUGGCAUAAUUUUUCUCUCUCUCUCUCUCUCUCUCUCUCUCUCUCUCUCUCUCUCUCUCUCUCUCUCUCUCUCUAUAUAUAUAUAAAUAUAUAUAUAUAUAUAUAUAUAUAUAUAUAUAUAUAUAUAUAUAUAUAUAUAUAUACACAUAAUUAUUUUUCUCCCACAAAAUUGUCAUUUGCUUCACACUUUUACACUACAGUGAUCACUGAGACAUGCUAAUACAAAAUGAAAAUGUUUCAUAAAAUCACAUAACUACAGUGAGCAAUAAAGAUAAAAAAAUAAAUUAAAAAUACAUAAAUAAAUAAGGUAUGUGACAACAUUGUCUGGCUACUGUAAUGUCUCAACAUAAAACUUCUACUGAUGCAAUAUGUAUUGCAUUAAAUUUGCAAUGAAUCUGAUUUGCUUCAUGCUAGACCUGGGCAGGUGUAAUUUCCUGUGGCACAGAUGAAGCCAUUAUAAAUGUAUGAGUCAGUGUUACUGGUCAUCAUUCAUCCUUUCAUUUGUAGUUAAAAACAAAUAUAUUAUGAAAAAUGAGAUUAUUACAUACUAAAUAUCUAAGUAUGUAAUGGUUGUCUCUUGGUUUUCCUCCUAGCAUCUAACACCAGUAAAAAAAAAAACUUGGCGGUGCCAAUAUAAAAGUUUGUUUGGGGUUCAGAGCCCUCAGCUACAGAACUUUUUUUUAUCUUCUCAGUAUUUUUUCCUCACUCAAGUAAUGCUGUAAAAUGAAUAAAUUUAGCAUGUCUCAGCGACCUGCUGUUUCAAAUUUUGUAUUUACUCUCUGCAUACAUUUUUUUGUUUGUUUGUUUUGCAAUGUCAUCUUAAAAGAAAAUUAUGAGUGCAUCAUACUGUUUGCAACUAAGCCAAAAGAAAAUUAGGACCAGUACUACUAAGGAAAAAGUUUAUAAAUGAAGAUCAUUCAUUUAUUUAUUUAUUUAUUUAUUCAUUUAGUUUUACUUUAAAGUAGAUAUACAACUUGUAAUCUAUUACAUUCCAGAUAAAUAUUAUUGUGUAUUCUGCUCCAGGCACAAUUGCACAAAUAAUAACACAUUUUUAAACUUACAAAAAAAUGUGUGAAUGUGAUUUUCAAUAUUUGAAAUUAUUUUAAUUGAUUAAAAAUGGAAAACCACUAUUUGAGUAUUGUGGUAAAAGUGUGUGUGUGUGUGUGUGUGUGUGUGUGUGUGUGUGUGUGUGCACAAUAUAAUAUAUGUGCACCCCUAAAAAGCUUGACCAUGUGUAAGUUUGCAACCCAUGUAUGUGUUUGCCAUGGUUUAUUGUGGUUUAGAUGCUAUGGUUCAAUGAGAUUUGAAAUAUUACACAGUUAAGAACUCAUGGCCAUCUUUCUCAACCUGAGAAAGUUUGUUGGAGAUCAAAUAGCUAAUUAGCUAUGUGGCCACUUUGAAAAGAGGAUGGAAACAUUUGGAUGCUUUUCCAAAGCAUUUCUGUUUUGUGUUAUUAUAUAGUGGCCAGUUAUUUUCCACGUAAAUCAUGACAGUGGUUGAUAAGUACUGAAGAAACA